GACUUUCUCUGUGACGCAUGCGCAGUUAGACACAAACGUGACAACAAGCUAUAAGGUGCCAGCCUUUCAUGUUAUGGGAACAGUGCUGGCAUUUCAAUUCCUAGGAUAACCUGGAAUCCAAUGCACAAAACCAAACACUUCUCUGGUAUUAUAUCUCGACAAUAAUCAUCUGUCUGCCUUGUCACUAUGCCGGUAAGUAGCCACGCCUGUUUGCUUUUUUACUAUGUUUCCUAAAGGGUUCCUCCCUUCCUCCGACCUCACUGAUGUGAUGCUAAUCGGUUAGCAUCGUUAGCUGAACAUUUACCGUUUGUGUGGUACAAGGCACGCUUCAAAACGUGUUUUCAAGUAACCCAGAAAUCCACUAAUUAUUUGGUGGUGAAAAUGUGCCGCUUUGAGCGGAGAUAACAUCCAAAUAGUUGCUGUUCGUCAACUGUGCUAAUUAAUUAGCAUACGUUAUCGCUAAUGGGGAAAAAACGUUUGCUUGCCUAGCAACCCGAGGCAGAGCAGAUAAUGUACUGGUACAUCCUGUGAGAUCAGACCGAGUCAUUAACGAGCGAACACUGACUGUUUACUAUUGUUUCAUCAACCACAUUGAAAGUAUUCACCGCGUUGCUGUCAAUUCGACAACAAUGGUUAACCAUACAUGAUCGUGUUACUUUCUUUCAGAGCAAUAAGCUUGAAAAACCUGACAAGCAGGAGGUCAAUGAUAACGUUAAGGUGGUGGUGAGAUGUCGGCCCCUGAACCAGAAAGAGAAGAUGAUGGGCAACAAACAGGCCGUGAUUGUGGACGAGAUCCGUGGAACCAUCACAGUAAACAAACUGGAGACUCCCCAGGAGCCUCCCAAGACCUUCACAUUUGACACCGUGUUUGGACCAGACAGCAAACAGCUGGAUGUCUACAACCUCACAGCCCGCCCCAUCGUUGACUCUGUAUUAGAAGGAUAUAAUGGUACAUUUAUUGGGACAUAAUCCACUACUUUUAUCAAGUACAGCUGCAGUAAAAACGUGCAUCAUUGAUGUAGUGACUGCAUCAUCUCUAUCAGUAUUUCAUACAGAUAAUCAAACAUGCACAACCCUAUCUGGUCUUUGAACCUGUUAAUGUAAUUUUGAAUCAAUAAUAAGUCCUGUUUUCCUUUUUAUUUUAUUCUAGCUUUCGUAGUUGGUGAGUUUAUUCUCUGCUGUCUAUUUCAGGGACUAUCUUUGCAUAUGGGCAAACUGGCACAGGGAAAACCUUCACCAUGGAGGGAAUGAGGGCAGUGCCAGAACUGAGAGGAAUCAUCCCAAACUCCUUUGCUCAUAUUUUUGGUCACAUUGCCAAAGCAGAGGGUGACACAAGGUAAGAAAAGUGAUAUGGAGGAAUGAGAAAUUUAUCAGAUAACUGUCUUGAGUUUGUACUAAAUCUUUAGGUUCAUCCAAACAGAAGAAGUCGUACUUAGUUAAAGAAAUAAAUUCUUAAUCACCCUGCAAGCAAGAACAUCAAGUCCACAAUGGGAACUGUGAUAGUCAUACUAUGAGAUUAAACAAAAAUAAUAAUAAUACAUAUUUGACACACCUUUAUUCACCUUUUGCUAAGGAGAUAAUGCUAAUGCAUUUUAAGAGAACACAAAAAACUCAGAAUUUAAAGGAAAAAUAGUUCUGUAUGAAAUAAAUAAGAUGGCUCAACCCUUUUUAGAGACCACUAAAUCCUUAUAAAAAUACAGAUUAUUUAGAUUAGGAUGCUUUUUUUUAAGUUAACUUUUUAUUUGCAGAACAUGUAGCAUGAGGUAGCAUUUGGACGCACUCUUUGUAGAGCACACAUGUAUGAGUGAUUUUUAGUUUUAUAUCAAAGUAUUUGUCUGACUUUGAAUAUAUGUUUAACUCCGACAGGUUUUUGGUUCGUGUUUCAUACCUGGAGAUUUACAAUGAGGAGGUCAGGGACCUGUUAGGAAAGGAUCAGAUGCAGAGGCUGGAGGUAAAGAAUAUUUAAGUUUACCAUUAAGAUAUUUAUAUCAAUGACAAAACCUGUCAUACAAUACUUGAGAGUAAAUAUUUUAGCCAAGGAUGUCUUCAAGAUGAUAAGGUUUCACUUUUUUAUCACAGGUGAAAGAAAGGCCAGAUGUUGGAGUAUAUAUCAAAGACCUAUCUGGUUAUGUUGUGAACAACCCUGAUGACAUGGACCGGAUAAUGACACUUGGGCACAAGAAUCGUGAGUAAAUCUAUCAACAGCAGUAAAAAGGAAGAUGACACCCUCAAAACUAAUCCUUGACCUUUGAUUUUCAGCGAUAUAUGUGAUUAGACUAUGUCAGUCAAUCAGUCUUAGCAGAGGCUUUUGACCAAAGUGAUUUACAUUUGAGAAGUACAACACGAGCAAAGAACGAAACAGCAUGAUAAAGUAAGAAAAAAAAACGCUAUAAGUGCAGCUAAGCAUAGGGCUCUCAUGCAAUGUAAGAUAAGAUAAAGACUGAGUCCCAUCUAUGUAAAAAGACCCACACUUGUUCUCUCUUAAAUUACCAUAAGUGAGAUACUUUGCUGCAUUCAGCAUGUUACAGUAUCAAGAAAAGACUUCUGAAAGACCUCAAAAAAAGAGAGUUGAUAGAGACAAACAACAAAAAUAAAAAGCAGAAGAACAACAGUCCAUACAGGAAAGUGUCCAAAAGAGCAAAAAAUAACUUGACAUGUGUUCUUGGAACAGCAUGUUUGAGAUAAAGUGCUGAUUGUUUAAUUCAAGGCAGUUAAUUUCAAUAAAGCUUCAUGUCAUAUAACCACAUAUAUCUGUCAAUAAGAAGUAUCUUUAUUGCAUAUAACAGAUUUAUUUAUUUUUGUCUUGAGUUUGGUUAUGUCAGGUACUUGUCAACAAUAGAUGUGUUACCCACAGAAAAUCCAGGACAGCUCUGCCCUUUUGUUGACAAACUGUUAAGGGAACCAGAAUGAAAGCUAGCUUAUCAGUUGCUACAGACAGAGCUAGAUCUACCAGGUCAUUUUAAGAAACUCCAGCAAAAGCACUACUGUUGCUGUAAAUGCACACUCCAUUGGGAAACGUGUCCUUGCAAAGCCUACUGGACUUAACAAUAGUUGUGGAAGCAACAUGUACCUGCUCUCCAUAAUGCAGAGCACUGAAAAGCUGUUAAGGUGUGUGACUUUCAAAGACAAGGCCAGGUUUUCAAUCAAGGGGUCCAGCUGGCUUGCAUCCCAUGUGAAUAAUACACUCACCGUUGGCAAGUGUUUCAUAAUGGAUUCAUUAAACUGAUAUGCACAAAAUAUUGUCUCUGUUUAAAUGAAAAUGCAUGCAAACACCAAGCAAAAUGUAUGUUUAAGGAUAAUAAAGGUUACAAACAAAAAUAACUGAAUGUGAAAAGCAAUAGGAUCAUAAUAUUACAGAAUAAAAAAAUACUGAAGCAUAUUCUGUUCUAUAAAGCCAUUUUAGUCUGGUCAUGUGAUGUAUUUUUUGUGCCCAGGGUCUGUUGGUGCCACAAACAUGAAUGAACACAGCUCCCGUUCUCAUGCUAUCUUCACCAUCACAAUCGAGUGCAGCGAGAAAGGCGUAGAUGGGAACCAGCAUGUGCGAAUGGGAAAACUUCAUCUGGUUGAUCUGGCUGUAUGUGUCUGAGUCUAGAAAUUUUGGGCUAAAAAUAAAAUAUUUCCUGAAAAGAAGAUCAUGUCCAAAAAAAAAAUGUGGCUUAUUGCCCACAGUCUGUCAAAUCACCACUCCAUGAUCUUCCUCUCUACAGGGUUCAGAAAGACAGGGCAAGACUGGAGCCACAGGUCAGCGUUUGAAAGAGGCAACAAAGAUCAAUCUCUCUCUUUCCACGCUGGGUAACGUUAUUUCUGCCCUGGUCGAUGGCAAGAGCACACAUGUCCCCUACAGGAACUCUAAACUGACCCGUUUGCUGCAGGAUUCACUUGGUGGGAACUCCAAGACCAUGAUGGUAGAGUCAAAGUUUAGACGAGAGUUUCUUAACAAACCUUUUUUUUUAAGCGCUCUUCAUUUUAGCUAAAUUAUAGCAACAGAUUGUCAAUUUUUCCAUACUUUGUUGAUAACACACUUCUCCUUUAUAGUGUGCAAACAUUGGCCCUGCGGACUACAAUUAUGACGAGACCAUCAGUACCCUGCGUUAUGCUAAUAGGGCCAAGAACAUCAAGAACAAAGCCAGGAUCAAUGAGGAUCCUAAGGAUGCUCUAUUGCGCCAGUUUCAAAAAGAGAUUGAGGAGCUUAAGAAGAAACUGGUGGAAGGUAACAAUCCAGACAGAUAAAAAAAAUUAUUAUAACCAGACUGUAAUUUAUUGUUACAAGACUAGCUCCACUAUUUCUGAAAUAACUCCUGUGGUUUUAGGUGAAGAGAUCUCUGGCUCAGAGGGAAGUGGAUCAGAUGAAAUGGAUGAAGGUGAUGAUGAAGGUGGGGAAGCAGAAGAAGGCCGUAGGAGAAGAAGAGGUAAGACUUAUCUAUUUUAUCACGCUGAUUCAGCACUGAGCAUGUUACAAGAUAAUAAAGAUGUUGUGCUGGUUAAAUCUGUAUAAACCUUGUCAGGUUUUUUUCAAGCAGUGGUUUCAAAUGUUUGUUUGGUUAAAUGUUUGAUCCACAUCCGUUUAAUUUGUAUAUAUCUGAUUUAAUCUCGUAUCAGUUUUUCGUUUUUUUUUUUUUUUUUCAUGAGUCAGCAUUCAGUUUCUAAUGUUUUUCAUAUUUUAAAAAACGACAGUGUCACACUCUUUGAUAGCAGGUUACCACCAUAUUUCUCAUGUAGGAUUUCCUUUGUCUCACCCCAUAUUUCGACACCAAAGUUGAAAGUGUUCAACAGAAGUUUUGAAGAAGUGAAAUCAGGUCAAACUUUCUUGGUCUUACAUACUGCUGUGAUGCCAUGUUUUUUUUUUUCAGUUGUGCCUCUUUGUACUUACCUCUUAUUUCUAAUGAAACACUAUGAAUUUACAAAGCGAACUUUAACUGAACUUUUCCUGCUGAAUUUACAUUUUAAAUGUAUUGAACUGCAGCUACCUGAUUUAUUAGACCUACAAAUUGAAACUGUAUUAGGCUCUGAGCAAACCAGCAGCUCUUAGAGGUCUUCAGCUGUCUUUCACUGUGGCUUUUGGUCAGAGUGGUACUUUCUCUGCUUUUUUCCAGACAGUAACAGCAGCAGCAGCAGUAGCUCAGAGUUUGCCUGCUCAUCCUCAGUGCCGCCUUCCACUGAGGACAAACCUCAGAAUAGUGAGUGAGAGCAGCACUCUGCUCCACCAACCCACCUGCCUGCAAACUGAAGCCCUUUUCACACAUAAACCCCAUAAAAUGGAAAUGUAUGGUAGGGUGUUUGGCUUUUGCUUAGAGCUCAUCUUUCCAAUAAACAGCUAAGCUGAUCUCCCGUGACCUCUCUAGAAUCUCUCUGCCUGGUGGGAGUUUUCGUCUCAAAUUUGAAAAAGUACACAUAGUAUGUCAGCUGUGAAAUGGCUCCAAGUACAAAAUGAUCAAGAUUCUUCAAUGUUUUGUAAUUUUCCUUCAAGUGGGUCGUAGUUGUUAGUUGUCAUUCUUUUUUUGGCAUGAAUGACAGUUACAACCUGACAGCAAAAAUAUCCAGUGAGGUGUGUCUUUUUUCUAUAUGUGGUUUUCUCGGGGGAUUUCCUGGUGACCAAAUGUCUUGUCAUCUACGCAAGUCAUCUGUUGUACAUCCUUUACUCCUCUAUGAUGUAGUGAAAAAGCAAACUUAAUGAUUUCCCUUUUUUUUUUUUUUUUUUACGUAUUGUGCUGUUAUGCACCUGUUUCAAGGGUUUGAGAAGCACCAUUGAGAUAGUACAAAAGAUUUCAGUCCUAAAGCACAGGUGGAACCAAACUUAAAGUCUAAUUUUAAAAUAUCAGCCAAGGAUUGUGUAUAGUAAAUCAGUGGAUCCCGACAGGGUGGGACAGGAUGAGACCCUAACACCUCUCAAUACUGCCAUUUAACAACACAUGACUCAUCAUAUUUCCUGGAUACCAACUAAAUUACUAGACUACUUUAUUGAUUUAAAAUUCAUUCAUUUAUUCAGUAAGAAGAACUCUUUAACAUAAAUGUCAUAUACAACCCUAACUCUAGGGAUCCCAAAACACACAGACACAUAAAAAGUACUGCUGCCACCAGGUGAAACCUGUUUUAAUUAUUUUAAUAGAAGGAAGAAGCUUCUUUCAGACAAGAGCUCACACACAGACACAUGCAUAACACAGACACAACAUUCACUAGAACACAAACACAAUCUGCAUUAGAGGAUAAAUUCACAAAUAUAAAAGAGCGAAGGCUGUAAAACAAGCUUUGUGGUUUUUAAAACCCUUUUCUGGAAACACAGAUGUAAUGUGACUGUGGAAAUAGCAAAAGAGAGAAGUAGAAAAGUCAGGGGGUAAAGUUAAAUGUCAGACACAAAUGGGACAUUGUUAGUACACGGUUGGCACCUGAACAACUACUGAAGACAGUACUGCAUUGAGAACUGAAGUGCUCUGUAGUGUCCUUGUUGUUUCCAGGAGCAGGGGCGGGUUUAUUUAUUCAUAUAUUUAUUUUCUGUUGUGAAAAACUGAAGUGAAUAAACUUAGCAGUAACAGAUAUUGGCUCCAUUGUAUUGAUAAUGCAGCCAGAUUUCACUGCAUUAAUGGAUUAGCAUAUAUGUGUGAAAGGGGCUUAGACUUCCUGGUUUUACCACUCCUGUGGGUUCACAGCCAGCCCCCCUCCCCCCACUGAUGCUGACCAUAAGUUUUAAUGUCACAAGUUUUGUCAGGACCUUCAUGAAAAUGAGUGCAAAGGUUCCUGAUGUGCUUAAGUGGACAUGGAUGUCUCUGGAAACAUCCCUGAAUACCAAUGACACUGCUGCACUGUAAACCGAUCCUUCUGAAGGAUUGAAACUUGCUGUAUAAAUGUAUUUAUGUUUCUCCUUAUUUUGUCAUGCACGGCCUAAAAUACUGAAGUCUUGACAUAAUGGAUUGUUUCUGCAUGAAUAAUUUCAUAUCCUUGAUUUCAGAUUACACUUUGGUCAGGCCUUGAUUAUAAUCUUUUAACUCCUUCCUAUCCCUCAAAAGGUGCAAUCCACCGGCGUCAUAUUUCAUAUCAUGUUUUAUUUGAUGAAGUGACUUACAUUUUUUUUGCCUCCUGUCUGUUUGCUGUCACUGUCACUUCACCAUGGCACCUGGUUAUCAUGAUCGAAACUUCCCGUCACUUGUUUGAUCAUUCUCUCUCCCACUCCUUGUCCCAAAUGUGUUGUUCCACUCUGUAGAGUCAUAAGACUUUCGAGAUCACUCUGUAAUGUGUUACUCUUUGUCUCUCUUUCCUCCUCCUCCUCCUCCUCCUCUUGGUGCAAAUACUGCCUGUCUGGCUUGCUAUACACCUUUUAAUUCAAGAAGAAAGAGGUUGGUGUUAAAAUAUAAUAGCCGUACUGAGCUGUAGCUCUAGUGGCUUUUUUUCAAAGUACUGAUUCAGAUGGCUGCUGUCCUGUACGCUGCAGUAUGAUUUCACUAACUCUACCUAAUCAAAUAACAGGUACAUUGUCGAUUGCUGAUGAAAUGUUUCUCUUUGCUUGCAUGAUUGCCACCCAUAUCUCUCCUGUUUUCAUCUUCAUUACCAUCAUGCCAUUAAGAAUUUUUUAUAGUUUCUGUGAUUUUCAAGUUUGCUCACAAUAAUUCAAUACAGUGCUUUAGCAAAACAUAACAUUUCACUGACGCUGGCAUUAGUGCUGAGGUUAAAAGAAACACAAAUUCUUCUUCUGUAUAAGCAAUUAUGAACUGAAACUGUGCUUGUAAUCAGCAUCAUUCUUAUGCUGGUUACAGUAUUUCAAACAUUGUAACCUAUAUAAUGACUGUUAUUUGGUGCAGGAAGACACAUCCUUAUUUCAAUUUGCCACUGAAGGACAUGGUUUCCUUUUUGUCACUCUUUAGGGAGGAAGAAGGUUUCCCCUGACAAGAUGGUGGAGAUGCAGGCGAAGAUUGAAGAGGAAAGAAAGGCUUUGGAGGCCAAACUGGACAUGGAGGAGGAGGAGAGGAAUACGGCAAGAGCAGAGUUGGAGAAGAGGGAGAAAGACCUUCUCAAAGCCCAGUGAGUGUAUUAGUUAUUAAUGAUUUUUACUUUUAAAAUGAUACAUAAAAUCUUUUUUUUUUUUUGUUAUUGUAAAUGGAUAUGGAAAUGUUUUCUUUCUUUAUGUCAUACUUGAAACUCUUAGACAAGAGCAUCACCUUUUGCGAGAGAAGCUGUCAGCCCUGGAGAAGAAGGUGAUCGUGGGUGGUGUGGACCUCCUGGCCAAGGCUGAGGAACAGGAGAAGCUUUUGCAAGAGUCCAACAGUGAACUGGAGGAACGUCGCAGGAGGGCGGAACAGCUGCGGAGGGAGCUGGAGGAGAAGGAGGUAAGAGUAGAUACCAGUUAGAUCAUUAAAAAAACAUCAUGCAAAAAAUACUAACCACUUCCAAAUACUUGAAUAGGCAAACAAGAUGAGGUUCAAUCAUGCUGUUGUCACAAUAACAUGAAAUAAUUACAUAGUAGUGUGCAUUGGUUGCAUCAUAUUAUAAAUCCCCAUACCGGUGUACUGACUUAAGGUGAAGUGUAGGUUGUGGACAUGCCAGCAAUUGAGUCAUUCUUUCUUGGAGUCGAAAAAAAGGACUCAUGCUACAUUUUUGUCAGCUGUUCAUAGAAAAACCAAACAGACCCACAUCCUUUUGAUUUCACGUGUAGCAUGCAAGUGUUAAAACCAGUACAAAGUUUCCCCUCAUGAAGAUAAAAGUUUUGACAACCUCAGUUUGACAUUUGACCCAGAUAUGUUAUUCACAGCACGACUAAAGAGUAGAGUUUUGAAGUAUGAACAAAUGAAGUUUACUUUGCACAGUCUGAUCACUGAAUUAAACCACUGAUUUAUUUACUUUUCCCCUUCUCAAAACAGCAAGAACGUUUAGACAUAGAGGAGAAGUACACUAGCCUGCAAGAGGAGGCUCAAGGAAAGACCAAGAAGCUGAAGAAAGUCUGGACCAUGCUGAUGGCUGCUAAAUCAGAAGUAAGCAAAACAUUAAGAGUAACAGUGAGAGAGAUCAAACAUUAUUUGUCCCUCUUGGGUUGUUUAAGGACAGUCAUAUAGAAUAUAACAAUCGAAUAAUGUUCCUUCAGACAUCUGUCAUCUAGUUUUUAUAUCAAAGCCUAAACUGAUUAGCUAUAAGCUGUUGUUGUAGCUGUUUUGAUUGACUAUAUGACAAUGGUUUGCUGUGGCUCUUUGUGUUCGGUCAGAUGGCUGAUCUGCAGCAAGAGCAUCACAGAGAGAUCGAAGGCCUCCUGGAGAAUAUCCGCCAGCUGAGUCGAGAGCUGCGGCUCCAGAUGCUCAUCAUAGACAACUUUAUUCCCCAGGAAUAUCAGGUGAUCAGGGAAAAUAACGACUGUCUAAUUUUCCAAAGUUUUGCCUUCAGCUUAUAUUAAUACCUCAAGGCUGUGCAAAAAGUGUGUUUUCUGAAAGUUACUUCGUCAUAUUUUACAAUACCUCAUCAAUACCAAAAAAUGAAAGAUACAUCUGUUUCAAAAUUUUAUAGCUGUUGACUUAAAGGCUAAGAGAAACAAAGCUAUUUACAACCAGUUUACUAAAUUGCAUCAGUCAAAACUCAAGCUAAGUUUGUGUGACAUUCACAAGGUGUGAAAGGAUUGAGCGAUGAUGUUGAUAACGAAGUGGUGAACCAAAAAAAAAACUAUAAUUUCCUGGUUGCGUUUUGAGAAGUUGAUUAACACAAAACAUGCAGAGCUCAGCACAAUACUAAAAGGAGGUAGAAUUUUUGCAUUCAAAGUUAGUAACUUUUCCCAUGCCAGCAGUGUACAAGAUGACACCAAAGAAAAAACCCGUAUUAACACUAUAACUCUCUUUACAAAACUUCAUACACAACUGGUUCGCUUAAUGCUUGUAAGUUUUCUUAUUUUCUGUUUAUAUGUGCAGGAGAUGAUCGAGAACUACGUGCACUGGAAUGAAGAUAUUGGAGAAUGGCAGCUGGUGAGCUAAUUCUGCAUAAGCACCUCUUUAAGCCUGGGAUUUAAAGGGAUAGUAACUGUUUUUUAUGUAAGUGGGGUUGUAUUAGAGGCAGCCAAGAGUGAAUGGGCUUUCUGACGGCACAACACUACUGUAAAAAAACAGCUGUCCCUUUACUGGUAAUACAAAAGGUAAAUCUCUUGGUUGAGAACUUGUUCUGAGUAUUUUGUUUUUUGAUAUGUCUUUCAGAAAUGUGUGGCAUACACCGGCAACAAUAUGAGAAAACAGACUCCUGCUCCUGACAAGAAAGAAAAAGAUGUGAGUUCUUCAAGAUCCUGUCAUAGUUUUUUGUGCAUUUCCUGAUGCUAUAUGUUUUUUUAUGUCCUCUUCAGUGUAUUGUUGACCUUACUCUGCUUCUGUUCUUGUCCUUUGCAGCCAUUCGAGGUGGAUUUGUCCCAUGUGUAUCUGGCCUACACAGAGGAGAGCAUGCGGCAGUCUCUGAUGAAACUGGAGAGACCAAGAACCUCUAAAAGUGGCAAGAGUGGCCGACCCAAGACUGGCCGCAGGUAAACACUAACUACUAGUGCAGAUUACAGACAUUCUGAAACUUCAUGAACUUCCUGUUGCACAACACAUCACUCUGUCAUAGCGUGUCUCAUCAGUCAUCAGCUUUCAUCAGUCUCCAGUCAUAUUUAUCAUUUCAGGAGUUGAUUCUGUGUAAAAUGUACUUUCUGAUAUUUUUUAAAGAUCUCGGUUUGCAGUCUAGCAGUUCAUUCGCAUCAGUAAAAGGUUAACAGUCUAGCAAACAAACCCCGUCUUCAUAGGCAAACAAGAACAAAACACAGGGCCGUAGUCAUCAAAUAAUAUGGUGAUCUGAAAUUACACCAACUAAUCAACCAAUUCUGUUGGAGAAAAAAAAAGGAUGAUAUCUCCAGAUCAGCCUAAUUGGACAGUGUAGGCAGUUUGGACUUUUUGAUCCUCAAAGACUUGACCCGGUCCCAAGCUUUUGAACAGUCUCUUUGUUUUGAGUUCUUGCCUCAACAACAAUAUCAGGAGCCCAGUAUCAGCCCUUCUUUUCAUGUACAGUCUUCAACCUCUUGUCAUGAGCGGCCACACCAUAUCAAGCUCAUCAGCUGUUGCUGCAAUCAAUCAAUCAAUCAAUCAAUCAGUCAUUAUUGAUAAAGUCCCUUUCAUGCAACGAAAUGCUACACAAAGUGCUUGAUACAAAAUAAAAAUACUAAAACCCACCCACCGUCCCAACCCACAUUCAACACACAGCACUUGCGCGCGCGCGCACACACACACACACACACACACACACACACACACACACACACACACACACACACACACACACACACAGACAAUGGUCCUCAUUUAUCAAUCUUGCUUAGAGCUGAGCGCAGGAUUCAUUGUACGAUAGGACACACGUGAGAUUUAUGAAAGGGUUCGCAUCUGACCAAUCCCAGCGUACGUAUGAUCGGGUCUUGAUAAAUGCGGCGGCUGAAAUCGAUCGUCAUUUACAUGUUUACGCCCUUAAAUAUUCGUGGUUCAGAAGCCUCGCCCUCUGAGGUCAAACAUGAAAGAGGAGAAAUAUUAGAAAGAUUCUGAACUUUUCCGAGCUGAAAGUGGAUAUCCUCACAUCUGUGGUGGAAACUAACAAGGAUUUUCUCUUUGGAAGCAUCAAAACUGGAAUAAAAGCAGAAAACUCCUGUCUGGAGCAGGAUUAUGGUGACGCUGAACAACGCUGCAGCGGAAUAGUGGACAGUGGCUGAAGUUUGAAUAAAUCAUUAGUCAAUAAGUUGCUUAUGAUGAUAAACUAAUAUCUUAUACAUGCCUCAUAUUUGUUUAUUGCCAUGACAUAGGGUACGUUACACCUAUUAUUGAAAGUAUUUAGUUUUAAUUUGUUGCGUCUUUGUAAUGUAGAGCAGACUGGAGAGUCUGACAGAGGCUGAACAAAAAUAAUUAUUAACCUCACCAAACGGUGUGUUGCUGCCCCUGAGGCACAUUUUUAUGGAUUUCUAUUGGAUACAAGAGCACUUUCUAAACUUAUACUUUACAUGUCAGAAUCCAUGGAUAAGGUCCUGUUUCCUCUGUGCAGCACCUUUGUAGAGUCUCUCCUCGUUAUCGUUCUCCGGGCAUCGGGUCCUCAUGUUGUACCAGCACAGCCAACAGCACUCCAUUCACCAGUGCAACAUUGUGUAAAACUGUACUGGCUCAAAUGAUGUCCCACACCCUUUCAGGAGUGUACAACAACGUCCCUGCUGCUGGGCCAAGACACCUGCCUUAUAGGAGUCAAACGCAGCGCUCCACAGUGGCGUGUGUGCGCAAUGUUAAAACGGCGCUCCUGCUCUGUGGCAGUGUUUCUGGGCAGAGUUAUCAAAUAGGCCUAUUCACUAAGGACAUAACAAAUUUAUUUUAUUUUAUUUAGGUCUGAAUCUUUAAUGAAAUUUUGCUGAUUGUGCUUAAUGACAGGUUUGAGGUUUGUUUAUCAAUGAUUUUGAGACAGACAUUUUCUGCACCGCAGAUCCACACUGACUCAAACUUGGGUACACGAUGUCAGGUGAGAUUUGGUCGUAGUGUACGCUCACGUGCAGAUUGAUAAAUGCCGAUCCUCACGUUGCAACUUACAUACGCAAGGCGUAAGUGAGUUUUCUGCCGUACACAAGCUUGAUAAAUGAGGGCCAAGGACACUAAGUGAGGACUCUUCAAUCUGCCACAAAUAACUGAGGAAAAUCUAUCCUUGAUAAAAAAUGUCACAGUGUUUCUCACAAACAUAACUCAUACUGAGGCAGGGCACUCAAGAAUAUUUAAUGACCGUUGUUUCUCAUAUUUUGUGCGUAUAUGAACACUAUCUCCCCUCUGGUUUGUAACCCCAUACAUGUUGCAAAUAGCAUCUGAUCAUGACUAUAGAAUUUGAUUCUUGGACUUCUAAAAAGUGGUGCCUUGUUCCAAUAUUUCCUUUUUGUAGGAUUAGGUGCGGCCACACACACUGUAGUAGGUGAAGGUAUUUCAAGGGAAUACACCUGCAGUCAGUGUUUAAAACAAAAAGAUUUAGCCAAUUACAACUGCUAGCCUUUUUUUAUGACAACAGAAAGUUCAGGAGUUACGUUUUCAAGUUACCCAUUCAAGGUUGCCUCAUUCUUGAACACAAUAUUUUAGACACAAAGCCACACAAAACUCAAUUUUGUUGCAGUUUCUUGAAAAGUGACAGGUAAAGAGAUGCUUCAUUCCUCCUCUGUUUCCUCUGCAGCUGUCACUAUCACAGCCUGUGAUUGGGUAAUGGUAAUCUACAGGCUGUAAAGCCCCAUACUUUCAUAAAAGAUAUUAAUGCAAUGAAACUUUCUCAUUUGCUUUAAACACAAUUGGUGAAUUGAAAGAAGAGUUAGUUUGAUCUGGCUUUGGGUUUACACUUCUAAUUGAAUGUCUUCAACCUAACUGGCUAUUGACAUUGUUUGCAUUCCUCAAGCAGUUGCAACACGUACAUCAGUUAGACUAUAUCAGAUAGAUACAUCUAUGAGUAAACUAAAGAAUAAUUAGUGGCGCAACAUUAGUCUAUUUAUAGCAUGAUGAAAUGAUGUGUUUGAGCAUGAUGGUAUGUGCUCUUAUCAUGCUGUUGGUUAUUCUGAGAAAUGCUGAGAGCUCCCUGAAAUUGUUGAUAACCUUUAUCAUCUACCAUCUUUACACAGGAAAAGAUCUGCAAAGCCCGAUGCUGUGAUCGAAUCCCUUCUACAGUGAAGAAGCAAAGACAAGCGCUUGGUGUCUGCAUAUUUCACGUUACUCAAUGAAAAUCUGUAUUUAGUCGAGUCUUAAGGAUUAAUUUCUGAACCUUAUUUAAAUUAUUAUGGAAACACUGUAUAGCAGCAAUGGCUUUAAAUGUGAAAAUGCUACACUUGUAGUAGGAUGAAAACUCUUGGCUAAGAGGACCUGUAGUUUGUUUAGUAUUCUAAGGUUUCUUUAAGGAAGUCUGACAUAUCUGUAUUGCCUUGGAGCACAUUAAAAGUGGCUGAGGCCUCUGUCUAAAUCAGAUCAUUUACCUGAGCACCUCAAGUGGUAAUGAUAGACCUGCUAUGGAUAGAUCUUUCUGAGGACAUCCCCAUUGUGAACAUGACCAACAUGAAAAAAUUAACUGAAGACAUGGACUACGAGCUGCAUUAAUAUCCCCUGAAAUGUGUUGAGUGUUUUCAGAACGCAAACUGUUUUUCACAUGAAAUUUUCAGAUCCAGUAAAAAUGAUUUCCUGCUAUGUGGGAAAUUAAUUUUGUUAAGAGGCUGAGCUGGCACUAAUACACCAAAACUGAUUUGUAAUCAUGUUAAAUUAAAUAACUCUACCCCAAUGAUCAUUUCAUUGUAUACAAGAAAUUCUCAAUGUGGAGAUAACAAAGAGAGGAGGGUAUUAAGUAUGAAGUAUGUAGAGAAAUAGGAUCUUUGAUUAUUCUCCUGUACUAGUAGGUCAGAAGUGUAGGGCCAUGCAUGCUUACCCAGCUCCUAAGUUGGUGCCAUUUUCCAAUAAGAAAAGCUUUUGAAAUUUAUUUUCAAUGUCAGAACACUAUUUCUUACUUUGAAAUUCACCAUACCUGCUGUCUGUCUUGGUGUAAUGCACUAGUAUAAGUUUUUAUUAUUUUUUUUUUUUGUGAAGAAAUUUAACUUUUAUGCUGUUCUGUAGUGAAGGCAACUGACUUUAUCUUGCAAUGUCAAUUAUGUGAAAUGUUUACAACCACCAAACCCAUGGAUAUUUUAUUUAUUUAUUAAAAUCUUUUUUUUUUAAUGGUUAAUCUGACUUUAUUUGUGCUCUGUGUAUUGUUAUAUCAGGGUAUGGGCAUACACAGUGAUAUGUUUGAGCCAUGCACAGCUUUUUAUGAAUGCCUUUCUGACAGUUGCAGAAAUGAAGUGGUCUUGUGUAAAGCA